AGCGCGGUGACGAGCAAAGUGUGUGCCCGCCAUAGUGAUAGCAGCCGCCGGGCCGUGGUGCGUGGGGCCGGGAAGAGGCCGAGGGGACGGCAGGAGAAGCGGCGGUGGGGCAGGCAUCGCACAGGGUGAGUCAUGACUUCAAGUUCUGAGCUUGUGGAUUCUAAGGCUGAGCUAACUGCUUUGCUGGAACAGUGGGAGAAAGAACAUGGCAGCGGACAAGACAUGGUUCCUAUCCUUACUCGAAUGUCAGAAUUGAUUGAGAAGGAAACAGAAGAGUACCGCAAGCGAGAUCCAGAUCCAUUUGAUGAUAGACACCCUGGUCGGGCAGAUCCAAAAUGUAUGCUUGGCCAUUUACUGAGAAUAUUGUUCAAGAACGAUGAUUUCAUGAAUGCACUGGUGAAUGCUUACGUGAUGACAAGCAGAGAACCGCCAUUGAAUACUGCAGCCUGUCGACUCCUUUUGGACAUCAUGCCUGGGCUGGAGACUGCUGUUGUCUUUCAGGAGAAGGAAGGUAUAGUCGAGAAUCUGUUUAAAUGGGCACGAGAAGCUGAUCAGCCUCUGAGAACAUAUGCAACUGGAUUACUAGGUGGUGCCAUGGAGAACCAAGAUAUUGCCGCAAAUUACAGAGAUGAGAAUUCUCAAUUGGUGGCUUUUGUGCUUCAGCGCUUGCGAGAGCUGCAAGUCCAUGAAAUGAACACAAAACAUGAAAAUAAGCGGCCCAGCCCUCGAAAAGUGCCAUCAGACCCUCUGUUGCCUCUAGAUGAAGAGGCUGUGGACAUGGAUUAUGGGGAGAUAGCAGUGGAUGGUGAGCAGGAGGAAGCUGCGGGGGAUAUGGACAUCUCGUUCAAUCUUGACUCAAAUCACAAAACUAGUAGUCGGGUGAACUCAGCCAUAAAAAAAUCAGGGAAGCAACAUGAAAGAGAGAAUUUCCGGAAAGCAAAACAAAAACUUGGCUUUUCUUCAGAACCAGAAAAGAUGUUUGUUGAACUGUCCAAUAGCAGCUGGUCUGAGAUGUCUCCUUGGGUGAUUGGCACGAACUAUAACUUAUUUCCUUUGACCCCUGCUAUAGAACAAAGACUAAUUCUGCAGUAUCUGACUCCACUAGGAGAGUAUCAAGAGCUGCUGCCCAUCUUCAUGCAACUUGGAUCAAGAGAUCUGAUGAUGUUUUAUAUUGAUUUGAAGCGGACCAAUGAUGUACUGCUCACUUUUGAAGCCUUGAAGUAUUUGGCAUCGCUGCUGCUGCACAACAAGUUUGCAACAGAAUUUGUUGCUCAUGGAGGAGUACAGAAGCUACUAGAGAUUCCUCGUCCUUCUAUGGCUGCUACGGGUGUCUCCAUGUGUUUAUACUAUUUGUCCUACAAUCAGGAUGCCAUGGAAAGGGUGUGCAUGCAUCCCCAUGUGCUAUCAGAUGUUGUCAACUACACCUUGUGGUUGAUGGAGUGCUCUCAUGCCUCAGGUUGCUGCCAUGCUACCAUGUUUUUCUCGAUUUGCUUCUCAUUCCGUGCAGUCUUAGAACUCUUUGAUAGGCAUGAUGGCUUACGGCGUCUAGUUAACUUGAUUAGCACUCUUGAUAUCUUAAACCUGCAAACUCAAGGUGCUCUGCUGAGUGAUGAUGAAAUAUUUGCUAGCCGGCAGACUGGGAAACACACUUGCAUGGCUAUGCGCAGAUAUUUUGAAGCGCAUCUUGCCAUCAAAGUAGAACAGGUGAAACAGUCUCUCCAACGUACAGAAGGUGGAAUUCUGGUCCAUCCACAGCCUCCAUAUAAGGCUUGUUCCUAUACACAUGAACAGAUUGUAGAGAUGAUGGAGUUCCUAAUAGAAUAUGGGCCAGGGCAGCUGUAUUGGGAUCCAGCAGAGGUCUUUCUCAAGCUAUCUUGCGUGCAGCUGAUGCUCCAGCUCAUUUCAAUAGCAUGCAACUGGAAGACCUACUAUGCUAGAAAUGACACAGUGCGUUAUGCCCUGGAUGUUCUGGCCAUCCUUACUGUGGUUCCAAAAAUCCAACUACAGCUAGCAGAGGCAGUGGAUACAGUGGAUGAGGGAGGAACAUCUAUUUCCAUUGUGGGUAUCAGUAUCAUCCUGGGACUUGCUGAGGGAGAAUAUUUUAUUCAUGAUGCAGAGAUCCAGAAAUCAGCCCUUCAGAUAAUCAUAAACUGUGUGUGUGGCCCAGACAAUCGCAUCUCCAGCAUUGGCAAAUUCAUCUCUGGCACCCCUCGACGGACGCUCCCCCAGGCUCCCAGGAGCAGCGAGCAUACUUUGGCAAAGAUGUGGAAUGUGGUGCAGUCCAACAAUGGCAUCAAAGUGUUGUUAUCUUUGCUGUCCGUCAAAAUGCCCAUUACGGAUGCAGACCAGAUCCGAGCACUGGCAUGCAAAGCCUUGGUUGGGUUGUCGCGAAGCAGUACAGUCCGGCAGAUCAUCAGCAAAUUGCCCCUCUUCAGCAGCUGCCAGAUUCAGCAGCUGAUGAAGGAGCCUGUGCUCCAGGAUAAGCGCAGCGAGCAUGUGAAGUUCUGCAAGUAUGCGGCUGAGCUGAUAGAGCGUGUCUCGGGAAAGCCCUUGCUGAUCGGGACGGAUGUCUCCCUGGCUCGACUGCAGAAGGCAGAUGUGGUAGCUCAGUCAAGGAUUUCGUUCCCUGAGAAGGAGCUGCUGCUCUUGAUCAGGAACCAUCUCAUCUCUAAAGGGCUAGGAGAAACUGCGACCAUCCUUACGAAGGAGGCAGAUUUACCCAUGACAGCAGCUUCUCACUCCUCUGCCUUCACCCCUGUUCCGGCCGCUGCCUCGCCUGUGUCUCUGCCUCGUACCCCUCGUAUAGCAAAUGGCAUUUCAGCCCGAUUGGCUACUCAUCCCUCUGUAGGUUCUGGCCCUCCCUCUGUCCAUGCCCAGCCAAGACCAACUGCUUGCCAGGGCUUGCUGGCACUCCCGGGCCCAUCUCACGCCACCAACUCUCCUGUGAUUGGCAGGAUCAGCUUCGUCCGAGAGAGGCCAUCUCCCUGCAACGGCAGGAAAAUCAGAGUGCUUCGGCAAAAGUCAGACCAUGGCGCCUACAGCCAGAGCCCAGCGAUCAAAAAACAGCUGGACAGGCACCUCCCUUCCCCUCCCACGCUGGACAGCAUAAUCACAGAGUACCUUAGGGAGCAGCAUGCGCGCUGCAAGAACCCUGUGGCCACAUGUCCCCCCUUCUCUCUUUUUACACCCCACCAGUGUCCUGAGCCAAAACAGAGGCGCCAAGCGCCAACUAACUUUACCUCGCGGCUGACCCGCAGGGCAGCCUUUCCAAAGUAUGGCGGGGUGGAUGGUGGAUGUUUUGAUAGACACCUUAUAUUCAGCAGGUUCCGUCCAAUUUCUGUGUUCCGGGAAGCCAAUGAGGAUGAAAGUGGUUUUACGUGUUGUGCAUUCUCUGCACGGGAACGAUUUCUGAUGCUCGGCACAUGCACAGGGCACCUGAAACUCUACAAUGUCUUUAGUGGGCAGGAAGAGGCCAGCUAUAAGUGCCACAACUCUGCCAUCACCCACCUUGAGCCAUCCAGGGACGGUUCUCUGUUGCUGACAUCUGCUUCAUGGAGCCAGCCCCUCUCUGCAUUGUGGGGAAUGAAGUCUGUCUUUGAAACCAAGCAUUCCUUCACAGAUGACCAUUAUGUGGAGUUCAGCAAGCAUUCGCAGGACAGAGUCAUUGGCACGAAGGGGGACAUUGCUCAUAUCUAUGAUAUUCAGACUGGCAACAAGCUAUUGACUCUAUUUAACCCAGAUCUUGCAAACAACUACAAGAAGAAUUGUGCCACCUUCAACCCCACCGAUGAUCUUGUCUUAAAUGAUGGUGUCCUUUGGGAUGUCCGCUCGGCACAGGCUAUACAUAAGUUUGAUAAAUUCAAUAUGACGAUCAGUGGCGUUUUUCAUCCAAAUGGGCUGGAAGUCAUAGUUAACACAGAAAUUUGGGACCUGCGGACUUUCCACUUGCUACAUACUGUACCAGCCUUGGAUCAGUGCCGUGUAGUCUUCAACCACACAGGGACAGUCAUGUAUGGAGCUAUGUUACAAGCUGAUGAUGAAGAUGAUCUGUUGGAGGAGAGGAUGAGAAGCCCCUUUGGGUCAUCUUUUAGGACUUUCAAUGCAACAGACUACAAACCAAUUGCUACCAUUGAUGUAAAAAGAAACAUUUUUGACCUUUGUACAGAUACGAAGGACUGUUACUUAGCUGUUAUUGAGAAUCAAGGAAGCAUGGAUGCCAUGAACAUGGAUACUGUGUGCAGGCUGUAUGAGGUGGGCAGGCAGCGUCUGGCAGAAGAUGAGGAAGAUGAGGAGGAAGACCAGAAGCCUAUGGAGGAGGAAGAGCAGGAAGAAGAUGAUGAUGAGGAUGAAGAUGACACAGAUGACCUUGAUGAACUAGACACUGACCAGCUGCUGGAGGCUGAUUUGGAAGAAGAGGAGAACAACGAGAAUGCAGGCGAAGAUGGAGAAAAUGACUUCUCUCCUUCUGACGAUGAGGAACUGGCCAAUCUGCUUGAAGAGGGUGAUGAAGGAGAGGAUGAGGACUCAGAUGCAGAUGAUGAAGUUGAGCUGAUACUUGGUGAUACUGACAGCUCAGAUAAUUUGGAUUUGGAAGAUGACAUAAUCUUGUCUCUGAAUGAAUGAGGAGUGGCCAGUUCACAGGAUGUGGGCAGCAGGAAAGCUCCCGCCUCAGAAGCCAGAAGACCAAAUCAGGAUGUGAUACUGGGCACCCUCUCAGAUUCUAAUUCUUGGGAGAACAUCUUAAGAACUCCGGUCCUUCUGAUCUUGCAGUGGACAGAUGAAGGCUCCUGGCACAUCCAGAGCCUUUCUACAAAGAGACCAGGGGUUUGGCCUUUAUUUUCUCUGCCUUUUUAUUUUGGGUUUUUAGGCUGAGACAUGAGUUUCCUCUCCAUGGAGACUUCUGAAGAUAUUUCACAGUAUAUUUUCUUUGUAUAAAGUUCUUUCCUAAAGAACAGAAAUAGUUUUAUAUGAAACAACAAAGAAAAAUGGAUUAAAAAACAAAAACAAAACAGGCAGGUGUUAUAAAAUGGGUAUGAAUUUAUAUCCUAAUAUUUAGUCACCAUGUUGAAUUUCUGGGGGAGAAAAAACAGUUAAAAAUAACAAAGGGCAUUUUUACUGAACAGAGUGGGGAAAAAAGAAUCAUGAAUUAUACAAUUGUGGAUGAGUGAUUUUUAUUUUGAAUAUAUUUUUUUUAAUGGAGGUGUUACUACCUGCUGUGAAAUGUUCAUUUUUUGUCAGAUAGCUUUUGUCCUGUUGAAAGCCCUAUGAGAGUUCCUGCUGUAGUAGCCAUGGUGCAAGACUGAAGGUCCGGUUUGCUCCUGUUCAGAACCUUCUAUUGCUGGAGAUGAAGAACUCUAGUCUGUAAUCAAUUCCUCACUCCAUCCCACUUUUUGUGAUUGAAAUUUUUAAUCUCCUCCCACCCUGUGUGAAAAUCGAAGGCCUUUUUCUUUAAUGUAAAUUGUAUUUAUUAAAAAAAUAAAAUAAAAUUCAAACCCUGUCUGUUCAUA